AUGCAACUCAUCCGCGAAGUCCUCGUCGACAGGCAAUUAUCCUUUCAACAGGCCAACGUGUUAGUCAAUCAGAAGACUGUCGCCGACAUAUUUGCGGAGGCAGAGGGAGCAGCGCUCGAGGAUGACACCGCAUCGUCGGCGCAGGAGAGCUAUCCAAAAUCUGCACCCGCGGGGUCCUGA